CUCAUCCAAAAAUCUGUUUGGGAGAUGAUAGCUUUAGAGACAUCUGUUGCCUUCCUCUGCCUGCAUGUCUCUUUUAAAUUUACUUGCUUUGGAAUUAUGCAAAUUGCAUUGCACUUGAUUGGCGGAAGAAGCUAGAUGAAGUUUGAUAUUUUGGAGCACAGUCUGUUGAGGUCACACUGAGGUCUCUUCAUCACACUUCACACAGUAAAUAGUCCUGCUGAAAUGCAUUAACCUGUCACAUUGGGAAAGAAAGGGUCUUGAAUCAUAAAAAGGUCAAUAAAUCUGUCAUGAUAAUACUGAGAAAGACUGAGUUAGAGUUGGUGGAGGAGGUUUGCUGCACAGAGGAAGAGCAAUGCCAUAGAGCUGGAUCUGAAGAUGGACAUUUCAAAAAAGCACUAUGAGCGGAAAUGCCAGAGGGUUGCACUCACCAGAUGGUUGAACUGGGUGAAAUUUCGCAAGACGGCACAGGCUGCUGCCAUUGAGAGACUUGAGCGUGUUUUAGAUGCUGUCCACCUUAAACGUGUCGUAGUUGCGUGGCGCUAUGCGGCAAUGGACUCAAAGAGGGCAAAAGAGCUCUUUGAGAAGUCAGACCCUGGUUUAUCUCAAAUGGGCAGCAAGGAACAACAUAGUGGGAAAAGAAUGGAUGGACUCUCUGUGCUCCCUAGGAAACUCUCUCUCAAGGUCUUUGAGUAUCUACAAUUUCGAGACUGGCUGAGAUGUGCCGACGUGUGUUGCACAUGGAGAGCUAUUAUCUCAUCAGGCUCACUGUGGAGUCAGAUCAAUUUCUCUGUAGAGAAAGAUUGGAUUACAGAUGGCACAGCAAAGCAUAUUCUGCAGAGCUACUGUCCAUUUGUGAUUCAUCUCAACAUGCGUGGAUGUACAUCACUUAAGUGGCCCAGCAUAACAUCCAUCAGUGAAUGCACGAAUUUGCAGGAGCUCAAUGUGUCAGAGUGCCUCAAUAUCACUGACACAAUGCUUCAGAGAAUUGUCGAGGGCUGUCCCAACCUUCUCUACUUGAACCUCUCCUCCACACUUGUGACAAACAGAACUCUCAGGGAACUAUCCUGGAACUGUGUGAACCUUAUGUACCUGAGUCUGGCCUACUGCUACAGUUUGACAGAUGAAGGUUUUCAGUGCCUUACCACAGGGAAGGGCUGCCACAAACUCAUCCACCUCAACCUGUCCGGCUGCACUCAGAUGACAGUGGUUGGGUUCAAGUACAUUUCUGCAGGAUGCCCUUUACUCAAAGAUAUUGUGAUCAAUGACAUGCCCACACUGUCAGAUACCUGUAUUUUGUCUUGUCUUGUCCAACAGCCUCUGGUUGCCAAAUGUCGCUCUCUGUCUGCUGUCUCCCUGCUGAACGCACCUCAUCUGUCUGACGCUGUCCUCGAAGCUGUCGCUGCAACAGUCAGACUUAAGGCUUUUAGUACAGAGGGUAGCAACCGCAUAACAGACACCGGCUGGAAGGCCCUGUGCCGCAGCUCACAAGGCCUCCGCAGACUCGGUGCCGCGGAGUGCCCCAGAAUGACCGAUGAAAGCCUCAAGUCUGUGGCCACACUCAAGAAUCUGCAAUACCUGGAUAUCUCACAUUGCAACAAGUGUGUGUGUGUGGUGUGUGAUACAGGGCUGCGGUACCUGACUGAGGGCUCCUCGGCCAACAAUUUGCGAGAGCUGAAUGUGAGUCACUGCAGCCGAAUCCGUGACAUCUCUGUCAUGAGGAUUGCUCAGAGGUUGUGUAAACUGCGCUAUCUCAAUUUGAGUUACUGUGAGAAGCUGACUGACAGCGCCCUGGAGUGGCUGAGUGGCAGCUCCAUCUCCUCCCUUGACGUCAGCGGCUGUAACAUCCAGGAUCAGGGACUCAGCGCCCUUGAGGGGAUUCGCUUGAAGAAGGUGGUUCUUGCUGAGUGUGUCUGCAUCACAGAUAGUGGCAUAGAGAAGCUGUGCAAGCAUGUGAGGGAUUUGGAACAUGUUGAUGUGUCUCACUGUGUGGCUCUGUCUGACCAGGCCAUCAGAGCCCUUUCAUUUUACUGCAGAGGUCUAGUCACACUGCGAAUGUCAGAGUGUCCCAAGAUGACAGAUGUGGCGGUGCAGUAUCUGACAUUUGGAGUGCAGUAUCUGCAAGAACUUGAUGUGAGUGGCUGUGUGCUUCUCACAGAUUGCACUCCCCAACUCUUAGAAAGGAGCUGUCCUUCUCUCAGCUCCAUCCAAAUGACAUGCUGCAGCGGUAUCUCCAGGCUGGCAGCGUUGAGGUUGCAGCCACGUGUGCAGCACUGGGAGCACAGCAGAUAUGACCCUCCCUGGUGGUUCUAAUACAUGGACCAGAUGGUGCAAGCCAAUCAGAAAACCCGACAAGACUGAUGACACAUGAGAAGGGGAGGAGCCUGCACUCUAUACUGAUGAGCAGAAACUGAGAGGGAAGAGAGAGAGGCUCAUCUCCGUCAAGAGGAAAUUAAAAUUCUACACAGAUGACAAAUCUUCAUCUAUUGCCUUAACAUUACAACAACACAGGGCUGCCUUCUGACAGUCAGUCGAAUCAUCCGUCAUGGACCUCCUCAGUCAACUCAGAAGGUGGACAUGA